CCGGGAUGGUACCCAGCGGCGGCUGGCAUCAUCUAUGAACCUUCUGCUAUGCGUCCAUCUGCAGACGGCAGUGUUCUGAGUCUGCCAGAAACCAUGUCACAUUACACAGAUGAACCCAGAUUCACCAUAGAGCAGAUAGACCUGCUGCAACGUCUGCGACGCACUGGAAUGACCAAACACGAAAUCCUGCACGCGCUGGAGACGCUGGACCGCCUGGACCAAGAACACAGUGACAAAUUCGGAAGGAGGUCCAACUAUGGGAGCAGCACUUAUAACAGCACUAACAAUGUCCCCGCCUCUUCUUCCACUGCCACCGCUUCAACACAGACCCUCCAUUGUGGCAUGUCCCCAUCGCCCAGCAAUAGCUGUGACACCUCCCCGCAACCUUGCACUACCAACCAGAACGGGAGAGAGAGCAGUGAGAGGAUCCCGACCUCCAAUGGGAAGAUGUCUCCAACACGUUAUCAUACCAACAGCAUUGGACCAAGGUCGUAUAGCUUUGAGGCAUCGGAGGAGGAUCUGGAUGUUGAUGACAAGGUGGAAGAGUUAAUGAGGAGGGACAGUAGUGUCAUCAAAGAAGAAAUCAAAGCCUUCCUGGCUAAUCGAAGGAUAUCGCAGGCAGUGGUUGCACAAGUCACAGGCAUCAGUCAGAGCAGGAUCUCUCACUGGCUGCUCCAGCAAGGCUCAGAUCUAAGUGAGCAGAAGAAAAGAGCUUUUUAUCGGUGGUACCAGCUGGAGAAGACGAGUCCCGGUGCAACUCUAAGUAUGAGACCAGCUCCCAUCCCUAUAGAUGACACCGAGUGGAGGCAAACCCCACCGCCUGUCACCGCUACCUCCGGUACGUUCAGGUUACGACGGGGCAGUCGAUUCACCUGGAGAAAAGAGUGCCUGGCUGUCAUGGAAAGCUAUUUUAAUGAAAACCAGUAUCCAGAUGAGGCCAAGCGGGAGGAGAUUGCCAAUGCGUGCAAUGCAGUUAUACAAAAACCAGGCAAGAAGCUUUCAGAUCUGGAGCGAGUUACCUCCUUGAAAGUGUACAACUGGUUUGCCAACAGGCGGAAGGAAAUCAAAAGAAGAGCCAAUAUCGAAGCAGCAAUCCUGGAGAGUCAUGGGAUCGAUGUACAAAGUCCAGGAGGGCAUUCGAACAGCGACGACGUGGAUGGCAACGAUUACUCUGAACAGGAUGACAGCACCAGUCACAGUGACCACCAAGACCCCAUCUCCCUAGCCGUUGAAAUGGCCGCAGUCAACCACACCAUCUUGGCGCUGGCCCGGCAGGGGACCGGAGAGAUCAAGACAGAGGCUCUGGACGAUGACUGAAACCUGACUGCAGCGGGAAGGGUCAAAACUGAAAGUUUCUUAGAUUUUUAGACGUAGCACCUUAGCAAUCUUUUCCUCGGUCCUUAAUGUGUGUUCCUAUAUCAGUAUAACUGCAGUCUCUUGUCCGUAAAGUUAGCUGGUAGGGUCUCGUCCUGUGAAGAUGGCAUAGUGCCCAUAUUCACGUCCGCUAUUCUCAGUAUUAUUUCUAGCCAUAUUCCUUCCCUUACCUGGGUCUAGAACAUUUGACUCCAUUCAGGCAUUCCAAUUUUACAAGUGCUUCCAGCUCCCCCCACCCCCUCCCAUGCUUCUUCCUUUUUAAGCACCUUUUAAGUGUAUUUUUUUAAAGACUUUCUCAAACGUAGGGAGUGUUAAAGCAA